AUGCUUAUUCUCUGCACUUCCAGCAUGAGAUUUAUAGGAAUUUUACACCAAAACCAGAGGCGAUACGCCGAGGCUAUCAAAAGUUUUGAAAAGGCAAUUUAUUUUCGACCAUCCAUGGCUUUGGCCUAUGUAAAUCUUGGCACAUCUUUGAUGGCUGACGGGAGAUUAGCUGAGGCAACUAGCGCACUACGGGCGGGCGCGCGCGCCGAUGGAAUUCGCGUGCGUGAUCGCAGAGAACAUGACGCUGCACGCGUCUCAGCAUUAGUUCAGCUCGCUGCUUUGCACUCGCGAAGAGGGCAUUGGCACAAAGCCUUAUCAUCAUACAAGGAAGCGCUACAAAUACUUCCCGUGACAAACUCACCAAUUGUAGGCUGGACCAGACACAAUGUCCUAACAAUGGCGGGGGAUAUUUAUAUACAAUUGCAACAAUGGGCCCUGGCUGAACACAGCGUUUUAUCAGCGUUAGCUCUCGCACCUGGGCACGCGGCCACUUAUUUAAGCCUAGCUCAGAUUGUAGCUAGAAAUACAAGUAGAAACAUGGAAGCGGAAUCGUGGUUUAAGAAGGCGAUAACUUUAGCGCCUGAUGACCCGGCGGUUCGAGAUCAAUUUGGAAUGUUUCUAAGAUCACAACGUCGAUUACGAGAGUCGGCUGAACAGUUGGUAACGGCAGCGCGUUUAUCGCCGACCGACAGUGCGCGAGCGGCUUCGGCUGCGCGAGCGCUACGGGACGCAAGAAAAUGUCGUUCCGCUGAGCGCUGGUAUGCGAGGGCAGUAGAGUUAAAUCCUGAUGAAGCUGAGCACCACUCGAAUCUUGGCGCUAUUCUGCACCUGAACGGGAAGUAUGUAGCGGCUGCCUCUUCAUACAGGCGCGCGUUGCAGUUGCAACCUAACGAUCAAGUUACGAUCACAAAUCUCAAGCGGGUGAGAACAUUAAUGAGCAAUCAACGGAAGAAAUAG